AUGCCAAGACAGCCAAGGGAAUUCCACUUUGUUUAUCAAGCUGUCCCCAGGACCAGUGCAUCCCAGUGCAGCUCUGUGCCGGAGCCCAGGUUUGGGAAGCGGAUAGGGAACGACUUUGGCAUUGGCACGGUGGUGCUGUUUGAAUGCAAUCCAGGCUACGCUCUGCACGGCACCACUGCCAUCAGGUGUGAGGCCAUCCCUAACACUGUGGCUCAGUGGAACGGCACUGUGCCCACCUGCGUAGUUCCCUGUGGAGGGCUGCUGACAUCUCGUAAGGGGACCAUCCUUUCUCCUGGUUACCCAGAGCCCUACGCCAACUAUCUAAACUGUAUCUGGAAGGUCUCUGUGCCAGAGGGAGCAGGCAUCCAAAUCCAGGUCAUAACUUUUGCCACGGAACACAACUGGGACUCCUUGGACUUUUUCGACGGCGUCGAUGGCAACGCUCCAAGGCUUGGCAGCUAUUCAGGUACGACCAUCCCCCAGCUCCUGAACAGCACCUCCAACAACAUCUACCUGACCUUCCAGUCCGACAUCAGUGUGUCUGCAGCAGGCUUCCACCUGGAGUAUACAGCAAUAGGUUUGGAUUCAUGUCCAGAACCUCAGCCCCCCCUGAACGGUGUCAAUGUGGGCCAGCGCUUCACUGUGGGGGACAUGGUUUCCUUUCAGUGUGACCAAGGCUACUCUCUGAAGGGUAAUGAAUACAUAACAUGUAUGCCAGGGCCCGUCAGACGAUGGAAUUACCCCGUACCUCUGUGCUUAGCUCAGUGUGGAGGCUCUAUGACAGACUUCAGUGGAGUGAUCCUGAGUCCAGGCUUCCCAGGGAAUUACCUCAGCAGUCUGGACUGUAGCUGGAGCGUACAGCUCCCCGUAGGCUUCGGCAUUCACCUGCAGUUUCUUAACUUCUCUACUGAAGCGGUGCAUGACUAUCUGGAGGUGCACAGCGGCAGUUUGGAGACGGGUUCUGUGAUCGACAGGUUCAGUGGGUCCGUUGUGCCAGGCUCUCUGUUCAGCACCACACAUGAGACCAGCUUCUUGUUCCACAGUGAUUACUCGCAGAACAAACCUGGCUUCCACAUCAUCUACGAGGCCUAUGAGCUCCAGCGCUGCCCUGACCCGAGGCCGUUCCGUAACGGCGUGGUGAUAGGCCGAGACUUCGGUGUGGGCCUGACCAUCUCGUUUGAAUGCCUGCCAGGUUACACCCUGAUGGGAGAGGUCUCACUCACCUGCCUGCAUGGGGUCAGCAGAAACUGGAACUACCCUGUACCAUGUUGUGAAGCCCAGUGUGGAGGUAAUAUAACGUCUCUGAAUGGGACCAUCUAUUCUCCCGAACACCCAGCGGAGUACCCUAACUUCCAGGACUGUCUGUGGAGUGUACGGGUUCCCCCGGGGAAUGGUAUCUACAUCAACUUCACCGUUCUCAACACUGAACCCAUCUACGACUACAUCACCGUCUGGGACGGUCCUGACCAAGGCUCUCCUCAGAUUGGUCAGUUCAGUGGGAACACGCCCCAGAAAGCGGUCUAUACCACAGCCAAUCAUGUCCUCAUCAAGUUCCACAGUGAUUUCAGCACUAGCGGGUUCUUUGUGCUUAGUUACCAUGCAUACCAACUGAGAGUGUGUCAACCUCCUCCGGCUGUUGCCAACGCAGAUAUCCUCACAGAACAUGACGAGUUUGAAAUAGGCGACAUCAUUCGGUACCAGUGCCUGCCAGGGUUCACCCUGCUGGGCUCGGAGAUCCUGACGUGCAGGCUGGGGGAGAGGCUCCAGAUGGACGGCCCUCCACCUCUUUGCCAAGUCCAAUGUCCUGCUAACGAGGUCCUCUUCGACUCCACGGGGGUGAUCCUGAGUCCUGGCUACCCAGACAGUUACCACAACCUCCAGACGUGUUCCUGGCUCAUCAACGUAGAGAAGGGCUACAACGUCACCCUCCACUUCCAGCUCUUCCAGACAGAGAAGGAGUUUGACAUCCUGGAGAUAUUUGACGGUCCUAACAUCUACAGCCAGAGCCUGGCGUCCCUCAGCGGUGACAUCACCACGCCCUUUAACCUCACGACCUCUGGUCAUCAGUUGCUUCUGCGCUGGUCGUCCGACCACGGCACCAACAGGAAGGGCUUCCACGUCAGAUAUGUGGCGAUGUACUGCAGUACUCCAGACUCCCCCCAGCAGGGUUUUGUAGUGAGCCAGACAGGGGGACAUCUCAACAGUGUGGUGCGUUGGGGCUGUGACCGGGGCUACCGGCUCAUUGGAAAGGCCACGGCUGUCUGUAAGAAGACGGCGUACGGGUAUUAUACCUGGGACUCAACGGUACCUGCAUGCCAAGGUAGGAGCUCUGAGCACUGUGUCUACUGGCUGGCUUGCUGGCUGGUUGCUGGAUGGGUGGCUAGCUGGCUGGCUAGCUGGGAGGCUGGCUGGGAGGCUGGCUGGCAGACAUGUCUUUCUUUCUUUGUCUAGGCUGUGUCCCAAAAUGCACCCUGUUCUCUAUAUUGUGUACUACUUUUGACCAGAGCCCUGUGAAUAGAGUCCUGUGGAUAGAGUCCUGUGGAUAGAGACCUGUGGGAGGAGUCCUGUGGGUAGAGCCCUGUGGGUAGAGACCUGUGGGUAGAGCUGUGAGUAGAGACCUGUGGGUAGAGCCCUGUGGGUAGAGCCCUGUGGGUAGAGACCUGUGGGUAGAGCUGUGAGUGGAGCUGUGAGUAGAGACCUGUGGGUAGAGCUGUGAGUAGAGACCUGUGGGUAGAGUCCUGUGGAUAGAGUCCUGUGGAUAGAGACCUGUGGGUAGAGUCCUGUGGGUAGA